CUACCUAGCCUAAACAUCAAACCAAUACCUAGUCUAAAUGUCAAACCAAUACCUAGCCUAAACGAUAAACCAAUACCUAGCCUUAAGGUCAAACCAAUACCUAGCCUAAACGAUAAACCAAUACCUAGCCUUAAGGUCAAACCAAUACCUAGCCUAAACGUCAAACCAAUACCUAGCCUAAACGUCAAACCACUACCUAGCCUAAACAUCAAACCAAUACCAAGCCUAAAUGUCAAACCAAUACCUAGCCUAAAUGUCAAACCAAUACCUAGCCUAAAUGUCAAACAAAAACCUAGCCUAAACGUCAAACCAAUACCAAGCCCUAAGGUCAAACCAAAACCUGGCCUUAAGAUCAAACCAAUACCUAGCCUUAAGGUCAAACCAAUACCUAGCCUAAACGUCAAACCAAUACCUAGCCUUAAGGUCAAACCAAUACCUAGCCUUAAGGUCAAACCAAUACCUAGCCUUGAGGUCAACCCAAUACCUGGCCUUAACGUCAAACCAAUACCUAGCCUUAACGUCAACCCACUACCUAGCCUAAACAUCAAACCAAUACCUAGUCUAAAUGUCAAACCAAUACCUAGCCUAAACGAUAAACCAAUACCUAGCCUUAAGGUCAAACCAAUACCUAGCCUAAACGAUAAACCAAUACCUAGCCUUAAGGUCAAACCAAUACCUAGCCUAAACGUCAAACCAAUACCUAGCCUAAACGUCAAACCACUACCUAGCCUAAACAUCAAACCAAUACCAAGCCUAAAUGUCAAACCAAUACCUAGCCUAAAUGUCAAACCAAUACCUAGCCUAAAUGUCAAACAAAAACCUAGCCUAAACGUCAAACCAAUACCAAGCCCUAAGGUCAAACCAAAACCUGGCCUUAAGAUCAAACCAAUACCUAGCCUUAAGGUCAAACCAAUACCUAGCCUAAACGUCAAACCAAUACCUAGCCUUAAGGUCAAACCAAUACCUAGCCUUAAGGUCAAACCAAUACCUAGCCUUGAGGUCAACCCAAUACCUGGCCUUAACGUCAAACCAAUACCU